AUGCACCGAGAGCAGACUGGUAGCCAGAAGCCGGAUCCCAAGCCUGAACCUAUGGAGAAAAGAGCAAAACGGGCAAAGCCCAAGACGAAAGAGUCAUCUAAGAAUAUACCUAAAACAAUUGAGGAACUGCGAGGGGCUUCUGACACGGUUGAAGCGGCAGGGACUGAUCCCAAGCGAGUAUAUACUGAUGAAAAGGCUUUGAAGCUGGAAGCUAUAGCAAAAAAGAAAGAGGAGAUGGAAAGGAAGAAAGAGAAGAAGAAAGAAAAGGCGGAUAAAAAGAAGCAAGAAGUAGAGAGGAAGAAACAGGAGAUGGAGAGGAAACAGCAGAAGCGGGAGAUUAAAAAACAGGAGAUGGAGAGGAAGAAGCAGGAGCGGGAGAUUAGAAAACAGGAGCGGGAAAUUAAGAAGAAGGAACUUGAAAAAAGAAAACAAGAGCGAGCUGAAAGCAGGCAGAACCGGGAAAGGUUGAAGCAGGAGCGAGCAGAAAGAAAACAGCAACGAUUGGCCGAAAAGAUGCUAAAAGAGAAGGCCCAAGCGAAACGAAAACAAGAGAAGCUCGAACUCAGACAACAGAAAUUGUUAGAAAAAGAGCUGAGGAAAAGGGCGAAACAGCAAUUGAAAGAAUUCCUCGAACGAGAGAAGGCGCAGAGCCAAGCUGAUCGCAUUGGUGUCGUGGAGGGUGAUCUGGUCCGCCGAAUGGGGCAAAAGAAUAAGCAAAAGUUGAAGCAGCUCGAGAUGAAACGGCGGGAUGAGUUGUUAAAAUCUUUUGUCGAAGAACAAAAGAAAAAUCUCAUUGCCAAACACUAUGAGAGCUCGCUAGCCGAAAGGCUCGACGAGAGACAGCCCCGGGAGAACUUUGUGCUUCAAAAACAAGAGAAAGCAGUACUGGAAGAGGUAAAGAUGUUGGAGUUAACUCGCAAGAAGGAACAGACAGUUGGCGCCGGGGUUGAAAUGAAGAAAGAGACCCAGGAAGGAAAGAGAGGUGAGUUACUUGUCAAAUUGCAUCAGAUAAAAGCCCGGGAAGAGAAGAAACGACUUCUUCUUUGUAAGAUUGACAGCAAAACCGCCAAGCUUGAUAAAAUUGAGAAGGAAGCAAUAUUGAAGCAGCAAAGAUUGGCUGUUGCUAGGUUGAAGCAGGAAAUGCAGCUGGAAACGAAACAGGAGAAGGUCAGGUUGCGGGAGGUGAAACAAGUGAGGUUGGUCGAGGCUCGAGAGCAACGGAGGUUGAAGAAAGAGUCUGCCGUGACCCAGAAGAAGGUGAAGAUGGCAGAACUCAAUCUGGAGGACGCCAGAGACCGGAAGUGGAUGGAAAAGGUUACUGCCUGGAUCGAGACUCUUCAGCGGCAAUUGGCACGGCGGCGCCUCGCGAAGGAAGCCUUGGAGCGGAAAUUACUAGAGAAGGCCGAGGCUAGAUUGCAAAAGAAUCGCAAGGAGGAGCUGAUGGCGCAGCGUUGGUGGCAGGCAACUCAGCCGAAGGUCUGCACCAGAAACUGGAGCUCAAAGAUGGAGGCGCAGUUGGUGGAAAGCCGACUGUACAAGUUAAGGAUGAAUGAGUUGAGCUGGUUGAAAAUUCUUGAACGACGCGACAGGAUAGAGACUUUGGAGGUGACUACAUAUGCUACGAGGCGGCAGAAGCAACGAGCGCUUGAGAAUGAGAUCUUGGAAGCGUUGCUGAAACACCGACGAACGAUGGAUGCCACAAGGCAGAGAAUGAACGAGCGCCAGGCCAGGCGUCGACUCCUAAAGGAAGGCAGGCUUAGAAGGCCGGCCAAGACAGGCUUGGGUCUUGAAAAGAGAGAGGUGUUGAGAGUCAACGAAAUUAAACAUCCUCCGGAUUAG